AUGCCAUCAAUUCAUACAAUUAAAAAUACUGUACAAAAACAACAUCGUGAGACUUGUUCACCACUUCCUAGAUUCAUCGAACAACUGCCGUUUUUAUUAUCAGAUGAUUAUUGCAAAACUACACAAGGUGAACGUUUUUUAUUGUAUGAUGGACGGCUUGGUGAUGUUCGUCCACUUGUUUUUUCUGCUUAUAAUGAUAUGAUUUAUCUAUUCCAACAGGGAAAUUGGUAUAUUAGUAAUGAUAUCUUUUAUAUCUGUCCAUCUAUUUUUUAUCAAACAUAUUCCAUUCAUGUUUACUAUGAUGGCAUAUCAACGCCAUGCAUUUUCGCAUUACUUAGUAGUAAAUCUGAACAAACUUAUACUGAUAUAUUUGCAUUGAUAUUUAAAAAAAUGUUCGAGUUCGACUUACUUGUUAGGUUGAGAACGAUUACAAUUGAUUUUGAACAGGCUGUCAAAAAUGUAUUUACAAAACAUUAUCCAACUAUUACUGUUCGUGGUUAUUUAUUUCAUUAUGGGCAAAGUUUACAUCGUAAAUUUGUCGCUCUUGGUUUAAAAGCGGCAUAUAAAAAUGAUGAAAAUCUUCGUGAUUGGUUCCGGUCUUUGGCAGUAUUAUCUUUAUUAUCAUUAAAUCAUAUGUUAUGGGGUUUACAAUAUUUAAUUCAUACUCAACCUGUAUAUAUCCAUGUAUUCCAGAUUUUCUUAACUAUUAUCAUAAUACUUACGGACCAUUCAGAAUAUUUCCACCGCAUAUGUAUAACCACUAUAGUGGCGGAGCCAGGAUUUUGA